ACUCUGCACAACCACUACCGUAAUACUUGGUGCAAGCUGAAAGAGGGGGAAAAAUCUUUUUGAAGAUACCAUAGAAAAACUCGCUCUUCUUGCACUUCACUAGGUGGUACGUACUGUACGCGUACCGACUGCUUAUGUGCAGCGCUGAGCUUCAAGCGACCGAGUGAUUCCGAAAUAGGUGUAAAACUUUGUAAAAAAAAGUGUCAAAACGGCAAAUAUUCAACUUCUACUGGACUUUGGAGGAUCAGAUGCAAGUAUUUUAGGUUGUGAAUUAUUUAGGAUACCAGAUUGGUAGUGAAUACAUUGCAGCAUGGCCCAAUCAACAUCCCAGAAACAUAGAGACUUUGUGGCAGAGCCAAUGGGAGAGAAAUCGGUGCAGGAAAUGGCUGGCAUCGGACCUGCCAUUGGUGGUAGACUUAGUGAGAAAGGCUUUGAUAAGGCCUAUGUUAUCCUUGGGCAGUUCUUGGUCCUAAAGAAAGACGAAGAACUAUUCAUUGAUUGGCUGAAGGACGAAGGAGGAGCCAACAAGAAACAGGCGGGAGAUUGCUAUAAUUGUUUGAAGGAUUGGUGCGAUGCCUUUUUGUGAUCUCAUUUACCCAGUUUAUGUUUUAGGAUCAGAGCUUAAAAGGGGGCCAACCGGUGCACAUAAAAGCAGCAUGAUGUAAAAGGAGCAAACUACUGUGGGACGCCACCACAGGAAUUUUAAUUUUUCAAAGGAGGCACUUUGUGUGGUAAGAUAUUAAAGUUUGAUAAAACAAUGGAUAUAAUGACUAAUAACUGACCAUCAAAUAUUUCAUUUACUGUACCCAUUUUAGGGGAAAAUUGCAAUGAGUUUCGGGAGGAUUUUGCUCCUGAAAUGCUAAAAAAAUCCCUGGAAAAUAAUAAUAAAAAAGAGCCUAGGGAAGUCCUCCUUCACUGCAAAAUCCAAUGUUUCAGAUUUCAUUUAAUUUAUGAAAAUAGACCCUGACCAAAUUAAUAUGUAGGCAUUGAAAUCCCCAGGCAUAAGAGCAAGUUUUUGUUUUUAAAGAUGAACCUGCUAUCAUGUAGUACUUUAUUUAUCAAUAAGGAAAGUUCUUCAGUAAGUUGCCAAAUCAAUACCAUGGUCAUUCGAGUUUUGGCUUGCUGACACAACUCAUUGCACAUUCUCAUUUUUUCUCUGCUCCCUUGGGAGUACAUGUAAGUGUGGUGCUUACAUUAUCAAGAAAACUGCAUUGAUUUUCAAUCUUACUUGGGGGCUCUUUCAUGAAAGUAUUUGCAUGUUAUGAUUGAAUGCCUUUAUGCUCAAGUGGAAGCCUUUCUUGCGCUAAGUGAUAGAAUGUAUCUGACUUUACAUGUUCCAGGUACAUGAAAAAUUGUAACUUUACGAACAAUUUUAUGAAACACGAGUCCCAAGUAUCAACUUUUUGAAGAGUAGCAAAUUAAGAUUUAUGGGGAAACAUCGGGCUGAAGUUAUCUAUAUCUAAAUAAAUAGAGUAAAAUUCACAGAGCAAAAUGCUGAAAAUUUCAUCAAAAUCGGAUAACAAAUAUCGAAGUUAUUGAAAUUUAAAAUUCAGCAAUAUUUUGUAAAAACAGUUAUAAGUACGUCAUCAUGAUCAUUAGGUGGGCUGAUGUCACAUCCCCACUUUCCUUUUUCUUAUGUUAUUACAUAAAAUCAUAAUUGUUUCAUUUUUUCAUACAUGUGUAAAUAAUGUGUCUCCAUUAUAUUGCAGCAAUAAAUAACUAAUGCACUUAAUCAGUUGUCAAUCCAAUUGUUUUAGUUCGUGGUAGAAAAAUUUUGAAUGAACCUAAUUUCAUAUAAUAAAAUACAAAAGAACAAGUGGGGAUAUCACAUGAUCAGUUUGCUCAUUGAAUAUUCAUGGAGACAUGCCUAGAACCGUUUCACCGGAAUAAUGCAAAUUUUAAAAUUCAAUAACUUUGUUAUUUGUUAUCUGAUUUGGAUCAAAUUUUCAGCGUUUUGCUCAGUGAAUUUUACUCUGUUUAUUGAGAUAUGAAUAUCUCCAGCCUGGAGCAUCCCUUUAAGCAUAUAGAAAAAAAAAAUCCCUUUAAGCAUGACCACAGUGCAGGAUUAUUUGAUGUGUUCAGAUUCAUAUGAUAUAGAAUGUGCCACCCAACUUCUUGUAAAGUUGACUAUAUGUUGUAUAAAGUGUAGAAGUCUAUGAUGAUAGUGUAGUUUUUAUUCACAAUUUGGGUUGUGGUCUGUUUGAAAUCUGUAGAAUACAAUAUCUAAUGGGUUGUACGGGAAAUGCGUAAUACAUUUAUUCCUUCUGUUAUGAGCCUUUGUAUCAGUAGUUACCCUAAACACACACGUUAAGCUCAGAUUUAGUGCAAUUUUAUCAUGAUGUUAUGUACUAUGUAGGGUAUAACAUUUCUAAACAAUAUCCAGCACUUAUAUUAAUUUCAUAUAUUUGAGAACUUUAAUGUGUCGUGUUAAAAAAAAUUGUGUUCAUACUUCAUAGUGCAUUUUUUGGUCAUCUGUUAUCUGGCUUUAUUUUUUUGAAAAAGAGACACUGGCGUUUCAUAUUGUCCUCUUAAUAAUUUAACUCAAUUUUUUGUAUUUCCAUGACACAUUCUAGAUUGUAUCUCUUCCAUAUAUUAUUUAGUUCAUGAAUUUUAUGUGUAGGUGAUUAUUCCCAUACUUUGAAAUGUGCUACAUCAUUUUGUAAUGGUUACAUCUACUUGUAUCAUUCAUUAAAAUGUACUUUUGACACUAUUACAGUAUUACUCCUUGACUUGCGUGACAUCACAAUAAUAUGGGAUUUUGAUUGAUCAUAAUGCAUCACAAGAAAUUGAUUGAUCACAAGAAAAUAUCUAUUUUAUCAUGAUUUUGAAUUGAUUCAUCCAUUCAAUUGCUGCUGGUGACUGGUGAACUUACUUUAAGAAUCACGAUUACUAUUUACAAAACAUAUGAAGUACAAAGUAAUACAAUUUCCAUUUUUUAAAGGAUAAUUUUACUGAUUUUUUUUGUUACACCGUGGAAAUCUGUAGAUUGUUUUGCAAUGUACAUUUUUAGAUACAUUCUGCUUUUGGUCACUUUCUUUAGAUUGAUGAUAAUGCAAGCCAUCAAGGCAGAUAUGUAUGUAUUUAUGAUCUUGUUUACAUUGACUCCCAUUUCCUAAUUACAUAACACCAUUGUUUUUGUUCAUAUAAUCGAAUAUUGAUUAGUGUUUAAUUACUCCCAUGGCACACCUUCCCAUUACCUAGCCUGCUAAUUGAAAUUAGAAUAAUUUAUGGAAGGAUGUCUGUCCAAACUCCAUUACACCAUAUUGUAGCUUACUUUAUACACAUAAUUUGAGUUACAGAGUGUCCAAAUUUUCUAAAAGUUGUUUUAAUCAUUCAAUUCUGAUUGUAUAUGUAUUUAUUGCUUAAUAAAAAUGCAUUUUAGAAUUUAAA